ACGCUUAUGGCGAUCUCAAGGCGUUUUGCUAAAGAACUUGAAAAAUGAAGCAUAAGCGAUGAUUUCUUUUUAUACCUGAGCGAGUUGGUGUUGCGGUUUUGUGACUGUUGGCUGCGAAAAAGUAAUGUGAGUUGACAAAAGGGGAAUAAUCCACUGUUUAGACUGAUACACAUUUCCAAACGCGAUGAAGCGCUUAGUGCUGCUGAUAGCUUCCUUAGCUGCCAGCUACGGCCUUCCGCAGUCGAACUAUGCGGACCAGGCCAACAAUGUAGCUUACAUAGGCGAAGGCCUGCCCCCUGAGGCCGUCUUGGGCGGAAAAAUCACUCAACUCGACGAUCUGAGCCCGGAAAUCAAUUUAAACAAGACCAAAGCUGAUCUGAAUUGCGCGGCUGGAUCCAUGCAGAUUGAUCUCAAAUUCAAAGAGCCCUUCUAUGGAAUCGUUUACGCAGACUUCGAUAGGAACUCCGCUUGCCAAGUGGCGGGCAAAGGGGCCCUUAAGUACUACCUGGAGCUGCCUCUUAAAGGCUGCGGGACCAAGCAGGAUCCGCAACGCGUGUUCACCAACAAUAUAGUGGUGCGAUCUCAUCCGGGCUUGGAAAUGGAUGGAGACGAAAUUGUAACGAUAGUUUGCCGAUAUCCGCCGCCGAUAGUCCAAGAACCCGAACCAUUCAUCAGUCCUGAAGGAAUAGUGGCUCCCAGCAGUUACACGCCUCUAUCGCCACUGCCGGUUCUGCUGAUAAUAUGCGGAAUCCUGUUCCUUUCGCUGUUCCUGCUUGGUUUGGCUGCGUCCUACCUCUGCCUCAGACGAAGGCCGCUGACUAUAAUCCGCACUCACACUCCUUCAGAGAGCGACAUUGAAAAACUCUCCGAGAGCUCGUUGGCUUUGGCUCCGAUCCAUGAAUCGUCCGGUUCCGAAUACCCGGGCGAAUCGCCCUCUGAAGUCGAAGAGCACGCCGUUGUGCACGAAAACGCCAGCUUUUCGAGCGAGGGAUACGACUACGCGCAAGAACAGCAGCUUGAUCAAGUCACAGCGCGACCCAGCACCAUUCCUCGCCUGCCGAUUGCUGUUAAGGAGGAUUCUCCCAAAUUCAGCGUGCAGGUGAAGGUCCGGAGGCCGCCGCCUCCAUCUCCGCCGCUGUCCCUAACAGACAGCAAGAGCUCCAGAAGCGAGAGCUUCGCUCCCCCGCCUCCCAUCCAGGAGGAGGAGGUUCUAGAGCUGGAGGAACCAGUGCCUGCAAUGUCCGCGCCUAUAGUAAUGCACCAACCGGAGAUCACCCAGCACUUUGUCGACGACGUUUACUUGAGAACCAUUCAAGAAAAGAAGAUAAUUGAAGACAUAGACCGGCAGAAGCGACAAGUCACUCAGUACCACACCGAGCCGAAGCUGCUUCCGCCUCAAGUGUGGGACGUGACCAUCAAAAACUUCCCCAUGCAGGCGCAUCCGCCUCAAUGGGAAGAUUUCUCCGACAUUUCUUCGGCCUCCGGACUGUCCCUGACACCGAAAAUGCCCCGAGUGAUGAGCCUGCCGCCUCAGCCUCAAAUCGACGAUGACAAAAUCCCUCUGAGUUCCCCCGAGCUGGUGGGCAGCAUCGGGCAACCGCCGCCUCCUGGUCACAGAGUGACCAUCCAGACUCCUCCUGAUAGAAGAGUGAUUGAAACCGAUCUCAGCACCAGGAGGAUGGAAACGGUGCGAGAAACCACUGAACGGGAGGAAUGGGAGCGGGUUUUCAACAUCCCCAAGGACAAUCCUGCGGUGCCCAACUGGAGCGUCUUGAUCAGGGUCCUGCAGCCGAUUGAACCUGAACCGAGCCCGGUGAUUGAUUCGGCUGAAACCUACAACUCCCAGCUCACUCUGAGCGACAGGAUGAAGUGGCGGCAGAUCAUCACAACCGAGUCAACAUUGAAAACUCUUCUCACAGAAGCGAUAGUGCGCGAAGACUUCGAGAGAAUCAGCCGCGAUGUGCGGUUUGAGCACAUAUACGAGCCGCCUAAGUGGAACGUGAUCAUCCGCAUCCUAACUCCUGAAGACAUCGGCCCGGAUCAGAAAUACGUUUAUCCGCGCCGCGGAAGUCUGCCGACGCUGCACGAAUACGACUCAGACGAUGGCAGCAGCAUCAGAGAACCCCAGCUGUAUCCUUCCACAGUCUACAGAAGGUCGAUAAACAAGAGCGAAGCCGACCUGCGCUCCAUGUCGGAAAUGACUGUGGACUUCGGAAGAUAUCCGGAAAGCAGUGGGCGAAGCCAGACAGCCCCCGAUUCCCCCUUUUUGGCCCUGCACAAGUCCUUAAGUCAGCCCAGCUUGGGCCGAUCCAUCAGCGAAUUCACCGAUCGAGACAGAUGGAUGGUGCCGCAAACGCCCAGCGAAUGGACGAGCACGCCGGAGCAAACGCCGCGGCUUCAAAGGAGCCCCAAAAUGAAGGCGUUCCAUUUGCCAAGAGUGCGGCUGGACAGCGGCUCGUCCACAAGGAGCGGACAGGCUGAGAGCUCGUGGCAAGCAAUGGAAUCCAGCAGCAUGGCUCAAACACCUGGAGGGACUACGACAAAGGAAGUGUCCAGGGAAGUUCGGGGGGCGACUAGGGCGAAAUGGGGCAAGCCUGCGCGUCCAGGCCCGAAGGGCUGGUUUCCCGACAGUGGGAGCGAAAGCGGCUCAAAAUGAUCAAGCUGUUAACCACCGUAACGUCCACUAAUUGCGCCCAAGAUAACCAAGCCACUAACUGUGAUAACAUAGAUGAUUAAGAAUGAAGUGCCGCAUCAAACCAAUCUCAUAUAUUUGCCUGCUUGCUUAAAAAACUACAAUAUGGAAUUAAAUAGCGGUCAUACACACACAAAUCUGAGUAAUGUAUAUCUUAUAGAAUAAUAAGGUUUUUAAGGAACAUUCUUCACCUUGAUUAAAUUUUCAAUUCCAAAGUAGUGGAAACAGCUAACGAAACUGCUCCACAUAACUUUGGAACUCGAUAAAUUCUUCUGUUUGAAACGUUCUUUAGUGCAAUUCUUUUUCAAAUUAGCGCGCCAGAUAAAGUUUGUACAGGGCGAACCAAUGCAAAACUGGUGAAAGUUUCGCGUGUUCUCAGUUGGACAAAAAAACUGUUUUUUGUAUUUCAUCCACAUCACAAGCGUCCAGAUAGACAGUCACAUCGCAAAAAACGUGUCUGAUUUUUCUGCUCAUCUGGUUUAUUUACAGAGUGGGCCUAAAAAAAUCAAGUUUUUGGUCUUGCAGUCAUAAUUUUUUCUCUUAAGCGGAUUUUUAAAAGCUAGAGCUCUUUUUGAAGCUAAGAAUUCAGAGGCGACUGGACAGACAAAUUCAAUUUUGUCUCAAAUCGCCCAUGAAGUUUACGCUUCAACAUGAGCUUUAAACCCACAAAUCGUGAAACUCGGACCAAGAAAAAAAAACCGAUGUUUCCAACUAGGAGCAUACCGAACUUUCACCGAUUUUGCAUUUUCUUGUCGCCCUAUAGAAAACAUAGACUAACAGAACUGAAAUGAUGCUAAAUAACGCUUUAAACAGGAACCAAAUUGCUCAAAACAAUCAGAACUGAUCCGGUUCCAAAGUGAGGGCAAAGUUGUCUGUGGAGCUGUUUAGUUUUCAUAGAAGGAAAAUCACAAAUACAUAAAACGAUUGCACGAAAAGAAAAACAACAACAGAAAAAAUAACAGUCUUAGCCAGUACCGUAAAAGGGGCACUAUUGCAAUUGCAAAAAUCACAUACAGUAGUAAAAAAUAAAAGUACCUGCUUCGUUGCAAAUUAAAUCUUAGUAACAGAAGUCAGUGCGGGCUCAGUCUCCAGAAUGCAUGUUAAUUUUUUUAAAUUAGGGAACGUAUUAAUUUGCAACGGCACCCAGCACUUAAUCUGUAAUAAACAACAUCAUUUAUAAUACUUAAAAGGGAGUAUAAUAUAAAUAAAAUGAGAUCUUUAUACAUGGCA